AUGGCGAAAUUCACUGACGAUACCGACUACGAUGCCGGCAAAACUUUUUGGAAUGUACCACGUCCACGGUUCAACUUUGGAAAUGUUGAUGCAGACAAUGGACUCGGGACUAGAUCACAGUUCGCGGCGAACAACCAAGCGCUAGCAACUCUUCACUUUUUCCUGCCCUCUGUCGCCAACCCAACUCUGGUACAUAUUCCACCGCAGUUGUCAAUUGUGUCGUCAGGCCUAGAUACCGUCUGUCAGAAUUACAUGACCUCAAAAAGUCGCGAGGAAGAUGGUCAACGAUGGGCAAGUACGUAUGCCAGCCCUUCAAUAACCGGACGAGACCCAUCCGAAAGUCGGCCAAUAGAUCUGCUCAUGGGUGAAUCCAAUACCCUUCUUGCUAGGGUUACUGAAGUCAAGAUCGUGCAGCAUUCAGUGCCAUUGGAGUCUCUAUGGCUUUCCUCACAUUUGCUUUAG